AUGCCCAACACCCGCAGAGACCACAAGGUCUCGCCGUCCCCAACUAAGACUGCCAGCGCAGGAGGAGGCCACGUACAGACCGAACUGGCAGCGGCGGGCGACGACGAAGACGUGAUGUCCUCGGUCUCCCAGGCGACCGCGGUGGCGUCUCCUGCGCUCGCCGGGGACCUCGGCGGGCGGGCGCUGGCUCGCCUGUGUGAGAUCGAGAAAGAGAUUUAUCUGUUCUGUUCGAACGCGGCGAACAAGGUGCCCGUCGCCGCGUGCCCGCCGAAAAGGAUAUACGAAAUCGUCGCCCUGUGCUCGGACCUGCGGGCGGACGCGGCGACGGAGCGGGGCGCGGCCAUCGCCCUGCGAGGCGAGCUGGCCGAGGUGCGCCGGGAGGCCGCGGCGUUGCAGAGGCGGGCCAUAGUCGCGGAGGGACGCCUUGAAAGUUCCAUCGUCCUGGCACCCGGUCCCGGGAGUGCGGGACGCGAUCCCUGCGCGACCGCAGCGGCUACCGGCUCGGGCCCCGGUGUUCCGGCCGCGGCGGCGGGCGCCGUGAGCUACGCCGUGGCACUGAGGGCGUCGCCAGCGGCGGAGGCGAGCGGUGUCGCACCGGCCAUGGCGGCGGGAGCGCGCGGACGGCGCCCAUGUUCGAACACGUGGCCUUCUUGA